AAUUACAAUCUCUCUAUAUAACACGCAUUUCCUCCCUCAUCUCUGUCUCUGGUUUUCUGGUUCUCUCUUUCUCUCUCUCUUUUCUGGGUUAUAGUUUCUUGAGAAAAAGCCAUGGCUUUAUCUUUAAAGGAAAACAUGGUAUUGUGUGCUAUGUUGUGCUUAUUGAUCACUCCUUCUGUCGCCGAACUUCCAAGAUUCAAACAGCCUCUUAACGAAUCACGACAAUCUCUUCAUUUUUUGGUAGUUGGAGAUUGGGGAAGAAAAGGAACACACAAUCAAUCUUUCGUAGCUAAUCAGAUGGGAAUUGUGGGUGAGAAAUUAAAUAUAGAUUUUGUGAUCUCCACUGGAGACAAUUUUUAUGAAGAUGGGCUAAAAGGGGUUGAAGAUCCAGCCUUCUACGAAUCAUUUGUUGACAUAUACACUGCCCCUAGCUUACAGAAGACUUGGUACAGUGUUCUCGGUAACCAUGACUAUAGAGGUGAUGUUGAGGCACAACUAAGUCAUGUUCUCAAAGAAAAAGAUAGCAGAUGGCUUUGCCUGAGAUCGUUUAUUCUCGAUGGAGAAAUUGUGGAGUUUUUGUUCGUGGACACGAGUCCGUUUGUAGACGAUUACUUUCAAGAUCCAGGAGAGCAUACAUAUGACUGGGAAGGCGUGCUUCCUCGCAUGUCUUACAUUUCACAACUCUUAGUGGAUGUUAAUUCAACUUUGGCUAAAUCAAAGGCAAAAUGGAAGAUGGUGGUUGGUCACCACACAAUCUAUAGUGCUGGCCAUCAUGGUAACACUGAAGAGCUCAAACAGAUACUUCUUCCCAUCUUGGAGGCAAACAAUGUUGAUGCAUACAUAAAUGGACAUGACCACUGCCUGGAGCAUAUAAUUGACAAAAACAGUGGAAUUCACUUUCUAACAAGUGGAGGUGGAUCAAAGGCGUGGUCAAGUGAUGUCAAGCCAUGGAACUUGGAUGAACUGAAAUUGUAUUAUGAUGGACAAGGUUUCAUGUCUAUGCAGAUCACCGAAAGCAAUGCAGAUAUCAUAUUUUAUGAUGUUUCUGGCAAACCUUUGCAUACGUGGAGCAUAUCCAAAGAACCUAAACUAGCAUCCUCGAUAUAAAACCUAGAGUAUAUGUAGAAAUACCUCUGACAGAAAAUUCGGACGACUUAAAAAUGUACUAUUUGUGAUGAAAAAACAAAAAAAAAAAAAAGGAUGUGUAGGAACGUGUUAAUGACCUUGUAAUAUGUUAAUUAUUCCCAAACUCGUGCUACAGUUAUUUAAGAAACAAAGGCAUACAGUGGUUUGUAGUUUA